AUGGCCUUGGAGAAAGACACGCAAGAGCAGCCAUACAUGUAUAACAUGCGUGGGACACAGAAGGUUGACCAAAGCUUGGCAGCGAAGGAGAUGAUGGAGAUGUCCCGACAAGAGCAAAGAACACUUUGGUUUGGCAACCAAGGCAGUUUCAGAGGUGGCGUAGGAGGAGGAGGAGGAGGGGGAGGAUCCCAGUCACAGUAUAAAUGGAGCAGCUCAAACUAUGGUACCCAGCAGCAACACUAUGGUAGCCAGCAACAGAGGGGUCCAGGAUCCAGGGAUCUCUUUUCAGGAGGAGGAGCAGGAGGUGGAGGUGGAGAUGGAUCGUGGGGGAACAGAGGGAGCCAUGGGCAGGGAGGCUACCAAGGAGGAGGCAGGGGAUCUUGGGCUGGAGGUGGAUCAAACCGUGAUGGGGGUUUUAGGGGAGGAGGAGGAGGAGGAGGAAAACAAGUGAAUUUUAAGGAUUCAUUCAACACCUUUCAGGGAAAUAAGUUUGGAGAGCUUGCUGACCAAGGCUCAAGGGACGAUAGAAGCAACCAGGCACAUGGUAACACACAAGAUGUCCCUGCACAGGAGAUCAUGGAUGGUAUCCUCUAUGACAUGGAGGAAUGGGAGAGUGGGAAGAUGUGGCCUUUUAGCUGUUACGGACCAAACAAAUCAAAGUCUUGCUUGGCAGGUCUGGAGGAUUUAUCCCAGGAGGAGCUUCGAUUCUUAGCAUACACUGCAGAGAAAGCUAAGCAGUUUGACCAAUAUAGGGCAGCAUGUACUACAGCUAUGGAUGCUGUGAAGAAUAAGAGGAACCAGCUUAAAAAGCCUUCCCAGUCAAUGAAGAACCAAUUGGUGGACAUGUACAAAGGAGCAUCAGAUAAGAAUCCCUUUGCAGAGGCCAACCCAACUAAUAUCUUUGGUAACAGUGUCCCGUCCCUGACUGACAUUUUCGGUGCCAACCUUGCCAACAUCAAAGUGGCAUCAGAUUCCAACACAAGUACAGGAACAAUGUUUGGGAAGCAACCACCAACAGGUUCAUCUCUUCUAGGUGUCCCACCUGGGUCAGCGGAAAGCGCACCUGCCGCGCCAAGUAGCUCUUCACUCUUUAACAGAACUCAAGGUCCCACCCAACCUGUCUUUGGUGGUGCAGUUGGGAAAUCAGAUACACCAGCCCCUGCCUUCGGAUCAGCGUCGUCCAGCAGUGCUUCUUCCGCUUCAUCGGUCUUCGGAUCAGGGUCACAGACUUCUGUAGGAUCCGGUACAGGUUUGUUUGGUAAAGGACCAUCGACUCCAGCGGUAGAUCCCCAGCAACAGAAGGCAGAGUCUAGGACUUACACCCCAAUGGCUUCGCUGACUCCUGAAGAGAAGGAACAGUUUGAAGCACCGAUAUUCACUUUAGGGAAAGUACCUACAAGGCCACCGCCCAUUGAAUUGGUGAGAUGACACAGCUGACCAAUGAGAACAAUGCACUGUUGAAAGUUAGACAGAAUGGAAGAAAAGGAAUAAUUGGACACUGACAGUCAACAAGACAGAGAUAUAGGAAUGGACGGUCAGGAUACGCCUGAAUUCAGAAACGGAAAUAAGGAUAUUAUUCUUUAUUCCAAAUUUUGCAUUUUGGUUAUGAUUGUGUCAAUAUUUGUUUCCUAGGGUAGACACUACUUAUGAAAGUGCUUUACUAUUGGGUCCUACAUUAUACUCCUUCAGUCUAAUUUGCUAGUCACCUAGCUAGAAGGUAGUGGGUCCCAUUUUCUUACCAGUAAGUCCUUGGUAUGCUUCAACAAGGACUUGAACCUAUGGUCUUCCAAUACAGAUUAUGCUCUCUUGGGAAGCACAGCUGAAAGAGGUAUUUAUAUGUAUCUACAGAUCCUUGGGUGAACUCUUUCAAAAACAGACUAGACUAGCACCAAAGGGAUAGCAGAGUCCUUGUACAGACUUUUUACCGGGUGGAAGGAAAUUUCCAAAUUGACAAUCAAUUCUGCUCCUUGCAUAUACACCCCGCUUCCCUAUUUUACAUUCAGAUUGCAUGAAGAAUAUUUCAUUUCCCCAUGUGUUAUAUGUGAGCAUCAAUUAAUCUUAAAGAAACAAGACAAGCCUGUUUUUGGUAGAUCAUAGCGGGAGGGGUGCGGUUGACUGCAUAAUUGUGCCUGUGUGGCUGUGUCAUCAUCCGUACAAAGCCAUUCUAAAAACUAUUUUGGUUUGACAUGCAGGUGUGACACCAAACAUAACUUCAGAGCUACCUGGGCAUGGCAAAUUUGGUCUCAAAAGUUGUGUGAUAUUUGAAAGUAAAAAAGACAUGCAGCAACAUCUUAUUUGCAUUUUUGACUUUAUAUUGCAUGACGUGUCACAGGCAUUCUGGGCCUUGUUAAGGUGAUAGGAAAAACAGUAUGAAAACAUUGUAGGACAUGUAUCAAUUGGAUAAUAUCUUGCCUUGUAGGCCUUUAUUCUGAAGUCGGGUUUAAUUCAAAGUCGGGUCUAAAGUUGUAGUUUAACUAUGGAUGACCAAAAGGGAAAUAAUCUCUAAUGGUACAGGUUCAAUUUAUCUGCUAAUUUGACACUCAAAUGGUUGGUACCGAUCUGCCAAUAGUAGAUAAAUUAGUCUUCUUCACCAUUAAAGCAUAGUAAACAUUAGAAAUAUACAAUGGUCCGUAUUCUGAAAUCGGGUUUAAAGUUGUGGUUUAAGUAUUGAUAGCAAAUUGUCACAUAAAUCACUAACAGUAGAGAUAUCAUAUUUCAGCUCGUUUUGCUCUCAAAUAAUUCAUAAUUGUCUAGGAAGUAUAAAUAGAUGAUUGUCUUCACCAUCGAUGAAUCAGGAAAGAGCACAGUAAACAUAAGAACCAUACAACUUAAUACAAAUUUUGACACUUUUGGCUCCCCAUAAUUUUAGCACAGAGUUAGACCAUUGUCUAAGUUAAACCCGACUUUAGAAUACGGGCCAAAGUAAACAAAUUUUUUACAUUUUCUGCUUCCCAUAAGUUUAGCCCAGAGUUAAACCGUGGCUUAUAAAGAUAACCGGACUUCAGAAAAUGGACCAUGGUGGUUACUCUUUUGCUGGUGAUAUCCAAAUGUGAUUAUGUACAUCUGGGUCCCGUAACACAAAGGUUAGCGAUUGAUCGUACGGUUGAUUUUCACGAUGGAUUGUACAUUGUUGUCAGUGGAAUCAAUCGUAGAAAAAUGUUCUACAAUCAUUGCUAAGUGUUGUGUUACGGGCCCCUGUUGUUGCUUUUAUUACAGUUGUACAUCACAACAAUGUAUAACAAAACUGAAAGGGUUGAGGUCAAGUAUGAGGUGUCAGCCAUGAUAUUUGGGAGAUUAUACAUGUAGGUCUAACAUCUCAUUUGUGUCAUCUAGACAAAUUAAUGUUGAGAUUAUUUUUUGUGUUUAUCACAAGCUUUUUUUUUAAUUGUUUUUUUUUUGUGUAUGGUUGAAAAAGUAUUAAAGGGGAACUCCGGGCGGAAAAUCAGAUUCUUUUACCGAAAAAAUGCAAAAAUUUUAUUACUUGUCUGAUUAUGAUGAAAUUUUCACUGUUUAGUUUGUCAGAUUUUACAAACCAAAACAUAUUAUUUUCAGGCUGGGGUACCCCUUCAAAAUUCAUGGGAAAUGGGAAAUUAAAGGGUUUACUUGUCAAUGAUGUUACAAAGAUAAAUGAAAGAUGACAACACUUUCUAUAAAGUUUGCCUUUUUAUAUUUGGUAUAGUUAAAACAAUUGAAUUAAUGUGACUAUAGAUUAUCACAGAGAUUUAAUCCAUUCAUUAUAUAUGUUUAUGAUGAUGAUUUUAAUGAUUAUGAAGAAACGGUGAUCAAAGAGAUCAGGAAUAUAAUGAUGUAAAUCACAAACUGAAUUGGGCUGUUGUAUGUUCAGGAAAAGUGUAGAUCAGGGCCCCAUCUCACAAAGAGUUGUGAUUAAUCCGAACAAUCGCAUCUAUGGAUGGCCAGCAAUGACAACAUGUAUUAUGCAUGUUUGUUCAAAAUAUUCUCUAACUAUGAUGUUCAUGCAUUCAUUGUUUUCUUUAAAAUUCACUGUGCUUCUCUUUGUUUACAAAGGACAUUGUGCAAAUUUCCUGUAGAAAACAUUAUGACACUGAUGGAUUUCCAUACAGUUAUGAUUGAUUGGAUCAAUUGUAACUCUUUGUAAGACAGGGCCCAGGACUCGGUUCAUCUUACGAAGAGUUGUGAUUGAUUCCAUCAAACUCAAUUUGCAACUAAUUUAAUUUUGUGUAAUUAAGAUCAAUAACUAUUUGAGUUUGAUUUGAAUCUAGUGGCGCGUGUGCUGCACCUGACCCAGGUGAAGUAAAUGGGUACCUGGCAGGAAUUUAUUUAUUGAAAUGCUUUCACACUCUAAAAAGGUUGCAGGGCUAAAGCCAAGGGAACAAUUUUUUAAUUCGGGGUGCCGAUGUAAAUUUGAAAAAGCCCCCCC